AUGGCGGAGAGGGGUGGGGACGCGGCGGAGAGGAGCGGCGGGAGGAGGUGGAGGGAGGCGUUGAUGGAGUCCAUCUGGAUGAAGAAAGGGUCGUCGGUGGUGAGGUGGGAUUUGCGGUGGGGGAGGAGGUGGAAAGGGAGGGUGGCAAUUUUGGGGUGGGAGGAGAGGAAGGCGGAGAGGUGGGUGGACUCGGCGGAGCUGACGGUGGGGUGGACGGUGAUGAGGGUGACGUGGCAGCCGCGGGAGGAGAGGGUGGCGGCUAGCCGGAGGAAGGGGAGGAGGUGGCCCAUGCCGGAGCACGGGAACAGAGCCACGUGGGGUGACCAGCGGUUUGCCAUUGCUAGUAUGUUAUUAGGAGGAGGAAAUACUGUAAGAGGAUCUCGAAUGGAUAUUGAUGCACUCGACUCGAUGUCGACAGCAAGCUUGAAGUAG